GCGGAGUCAGUGUGACGAAGUGCGUCGUGCGCAGCGGCAGCGUUUGUGUGUCCCCCCCUUGGAAAAUAUUUACACGCAGCAUUAAACGAAGAAGAAAACUCGUGUAACUGUGCAUGUGUGCGUGCUCGGUAAAAGAUACAGAUACAGCUACAGCUACAGCUACCUCGUAAAACUGUAUCUGCAGUGGAAAAAACAUGCAUUUCAAGUGAACAUUUCAAGAGUCUAAUUAACAAACGUAAAACCCAUAAAAAGCAAAGGAAAAACCCCAAGAAAUAACUGCGGAAAAAUGGAAAAUAUUCAAGUGCCAGAGGAGCAGCAACCCGAUGCAGGAGGAGACAUCAGCAGCAACAGCUCCACAAUAUCAUCCCAGCAGCCGCCAGCGAAUCCUGGCGAGGAAUGCGGCUGUGUGCGUUUGGGCAAAUGCAAAUGGUUCAAUGUGGCCAAGGGCUGGGGCUUCCUCACGCCCAACGAUGGUGGCCAGGAGGUCUUUGUGCAUCAGAGUGUCAUAAAGAUGUCUGGAUUUCGUUCGCUUGGUGAGCAGGAGGAGGUGGAGUUUGAGUGCCAUCGCACAGCCCGCGGAUUGGAGGCCACACGGGUAUCGGGUCGUUCGGGUGACGAGUGCCAUGGCAGCACCUAUAGACCACGCAUCAAUCGUCGAACCCGCCGCAUGCGCUGCUAUAAUUGCGGUGAAUUCGCCAAUCAUAUUGCCUCCGAGUGUGCUCUGGGGCCGCAGCCGAAGCGCUGUCAUCGGUGUCGCGGCGAAGACCAUCUGCAUGCCGAUUGCCCCAAUCGCAAUGUGGUGAGUCCUGACCCAAAAGUGACUAAAGCUCACGACCCAUCCACAACUCUUCUGUCGCAGACACAAACCAGCGGCAAAAGCCUGCAGGAUGCGGUGGAGCCUGCUCCCGAAGGGUGAGAGCUAGAGCUAGGGGCUGGUAGAGGGUGUUACAGGAAGUUACAAACUUCUUACGAAGAGUACAAAACAGUGAGCGAGGAACGGCAAGGAAAGGAAAUGAGAAAAACGCAUUAAAUCAAAGAAAGAAAUCAACGUACAACAACAUAAAAAACAAACACACAAAAAACACAAAGAAUUAUCUACACGUAAAGUGCAGUUUAAUUUUUUGUCGUAUGCGAAUUUAGAUAUUAUCUAGGAAACGGGGUUAGGAAUCCUUCCCCUAAUCCUUUAACCUAAAACCUAAUCCUAAACGUAACUGUAUCUACCUCUAAUUAUCCUUUAAGCUGUUAGUUUUUUAAGGUUUUCAAUUAAACGAAUUUUAGAGCUACA